GAUCUCAGUAAGCGGUAGCUGACUUACUCUGACAUCACUCUCACAUUUACAUUUCCAAAUAUAUCAACAAAAUAUUUAUAUUUUCCUUGGACAAACCCACAAGGAAGUCGCUGAGCGGACAAGCGGAUUCUCAAUUUUCCUGGUUAGCCAUUAGGAUUCUUGAUCGCACGGAAUGGCCUUCGUAGCGCGCCGGAGCAGCGAUGGUAAGGUGGUGGAUCGCCAGCAGGUGUCGAGAGGCAGUGCAUCCCGUCUGCUGCCACUGUCGGACAUGAGCGAUGAGGAGACGUCGGGUUCAGUGCGGGGCUACACAAGUCGCACUUACGGAGCUCCCACCGUAAGAUUCAUGGGUCAGGGUGAAGGUGAUAAUGAUGAUGAUGGUGAUGGUGACGAUGACAUUGAGGGGGAACUCGGGGAGGACAAUCUGGAGAUGGAAGGAGUCGAGGUCUCCGGCGAUGACAGUGAUGAUAGUGAUUCUAUUACAAAUUUCUGCGACCAGCUGGACGAGGAGGAGGCCAACGAUACCAUAAACAGGUUGAAGUUUGAAGAGCACCUGGAUGUAUCGGAGAUCUCUGAGGAAUUGGAGGAUCUGUGCAAUCUAGAUGAGGAUGAUAUGACGGAUAUGCAGACCAUGAUGGGCAAGCGAGAGGAUUCAGUUGCCACGGACACGGAUACUGUAAUGAAUAACGAUCAGGAUUUGCAGAGUUUGUGCUCCUUCGAGAGCUUCACGCCAACCAUGACGCAGCGCGAUGACAUCAGUGAACUGGACAACCUAAGUGCCAAAACCUACUUCAAGGAGGACGACCAGGACAACAUGAGCGAAGACAAGCAGGACGACUUGAGCCCCAUAACCAACAUCACGGAGGACAUCCAGGAUAACCUGAGCACCAGGACCUACAGCAAGCUUUCAUCCAUCUCAAAACGCGAGAAGCGGCCAGAGCCCGACUUCGACCAGCUGUCCAGUCGCACCUACGACAUGAGCAACUGCGGCAGCAGCCUCCGUGGUAGUCUUCGCAGUGGUGGCCCACGCCAGAACGACAACUCAUCUGUGUCCACCUGCAGCUGGACCGACAUGUACCGCGGAGCCGUGCAGCCGUCCGACGGACGCAGCGCCGUACCCUCGCUGAGCCUAGCCAGCACCACCUCGGAUACGUCCACCUACUACAAGAGCCUGGAGGAGAACAAGGAGCGUCACGGCCAGGCGGCCUUCGACGACUGGAAAGCGCGCAAGGCCGUACAGAAGCAGAAGAGCCUCCUGGCAGCCAAGCAGGAGCGGGAGAAGCGAGAAGCCGAGGCCGCUCUGCGCCAGCAGCAGUCCCAGGCACGUUUUCAGGAGUGGUGUCGCCGCAAGGAGGAGCAGCAGCAGCUGGAACGCAAGAAGCCGAUGAAUCUACGUCCGACAAGCUCUGGCAACUCCUCGAGCUCAAGUUCUAGUUCGGGAUCGGGACCGGUAUCUGGGCUUGAAGCCGCCCGCAAAGCCGCUUCGGAGGCCACAAGGAAACGCAUCAAGGCGUGGCAAUCCGUCAAGAACGAGAAGCAGCAGCAGGAGCGGGAGCUCAAGAGCCGACUGGAGGAGAACAAGCGAAAACUGGAGGAGGAGCGCAAGCAGCGAUCGCAGGGAGCCUGGAAGAACUGGAUGAAGCAGGUGGACAAACGGGCCAAGCCGGUGCCCCUCAACCAGGGUUUCGACACGCUGCGCGGCACCAUCUCCAACAUCUACAUCAAUCCUGUGCAGUGGGUCUCCAACAUCGAUACCAAGGAGUCGGGACGCAGUCACUAACGUGGCAUUGUUUCACAUUUCUUGUUACACUUACACAAAGUUCUUUGGAAGAUUAGAAGGCCAGAGUACUCGUUUGAUUAAAUAGGAAGAGAUCCAUGUUAGCUGCUGGGCCUCAUUAAAAA